AUGCUGUCCAAACUAUUUCUGCUGGCUUCACAGCUCUUGUCCGUCUCCUUGACGCUCUCGCAGCCCAUCUCGUCUUCAUCGCUAUCAAAGCGCGCUUCAGACAAGGUAGGAUACCUCUUUAUCCAUUUCUACGACGACUACCUCUCCCCCGGAGUAUACACCACCUACCCUGCGGGUGAACAGGUUUUCGGACACUUGUCCAACGGCAAUGAUGCGCUUUCCUACAAGUCUCUUCUCUCUGGAGCACCUCUACUCACCUCCAAUGUUGGAACGGGUGGUGUACGCGACAUGUACAUCGUCAGCAAAGGGGACGAGUCACAGCACUACAUAAUCGCUACCGACCUCAACCAAACCGCAGCCGGAGGGUUUGGGGGCAGGUUUCUCAGCCGCAAUCUCGUCAUCUGGGACUCGCAAGGGUCAAGCCUGACCCAAUGGAGCCAACCCAGAUUGGCCCAAGUCGUACCUGACAACUUCAGAAUGGCAUGGGCCCCGGAAGCCAUCUGGCUAGAAGACGAGCAGAGAUUCUUGGUGUACUGGUCCAGCAGCAAGUACAGCGAUGCUAGUCACACUGGAGAUACCGACUAUGACAAGAUCUACAGCUCCUAUACCACCGACUUUGUCACCUUUACCGAUCCGGAAGUGUUCAUGGAUCUAGGCAACAAUGUUGGCGUCAUCGACCUUACCAUCGGCCGCGGACCCGUGGAUGGCGUUAACCAGUACGUGCGCUUCUUCAAAGACGAAAGCGUGUACAAGGUGCGCGGACAGGUUAGCUACACUGGCAUCAAUGGCCCUUGGCAAGACAUCGGCUCUUCAACAGAGUUCGUGGACAACGACAACCAGGCGGAAGCACCGAUCUUUUUCCAGGACAAUACCAGUGGCAAGUGGUACGUCUUCCUGGACCAAUAUGGGAGGAAUCCAGCCGGUUAUUGGCCGUACAGCGCCGACAACGGCAUUGCCGAGUACGGCUACACUGGACUGGGCUUCCCUCAAGGCAUGCCGACGAACCUGAAGCAUGGCAGCAUCAAGCCGUUGACUCAAGCUCAGUACGACGAAAUCAACAGCGCUUGGGGUUAA